AUGGGUCCUACAAGACGCCUUGUUACCAUUAAAAGGACCGGGGUCGACGGCCCCCACUUUCCACUGAGCCUUCAUACCUGCUUGUUUGGAAGGGGUAUCGAGUGUGACAUUCGUAUUCAGCUUCCCGUAGUGUCCAAACAACACUGCAAAAUUGAAAUCAAUGAACAGGAGGCAAUAUUGUUUAAUUUCAGUUCCACAAAUCCAACACAAGUAAAUGGAUCUACUUUUGAUAAACCUGUACAGCUAAAACAUGGAGAUGUGAUAACUGUUGUCGAUCGGUCUUUCAGGUAUGAAAAUGAAAGUCAUCAGAAUGGAAGCAAGUCACCUGAAUUUCCAGGACAAAGAUGGGAACAGGAGCCUUCGCGUCGGGUCUCAAGAUCUAGCUUCCCUUCCAACCUUGAUAAGAUGGAUGGGCCGUCGCUGAAGAGGAGGCGGGUCUCCUUUGGUGGUCGCCUGAGACCUGAAUUAUUCGAUGAAAACUUACCUCCCAACACACCUCUCAAAAGAGGAGAGACACCAAAGCAAAGCCGGUCUCUGGUCACCCACACGCCAACCGUCCUGAAGAAAAUCAUCAAGGAGCAGCCUCAGCCAUCAGGGAAAGAAGAUUCUUCAGAAGUCUGUCUGGAGGCGACUGCACAGGAUGCGUUCGUGAGGCCUCCAGCUCCUAAUGCUGCUCCCACUUCUCCAGAUGUGCCCAACCAAUGCCGUAGCUUAUCCAAGGCGUCUUCCAUCUCCAGCGACAGCAAAUCUCCACAUCAGACAGAUAUUUCCAAGAGAGGACGGAGAAAAAGUGGCAACCUGCCCUCCAAGAGAGCUUCCAUGGAUCGAAGCCAGCAUGGCAUCUUACAGAUGAUUUAUUCCAAGAGAAGGAGUGGCGCUUCUGAGGCCAAUUUAGUUGUGGCAAAAUCGUGGGCAGACGUGGUAAAACUUGGUACCAAGCAGACCCAGACCAAAGCUGUUAAACGUGGACCUCCAAGACCCCUGAGCAAAAGGCAAAGAAGAACCAAUACUCCGAAGAAGCUGACUGGCAUCGUUCACAAUCAGUUUAGCACAGGCCACGCAAACUCUCCCUGUACCAUAAUAAUAGGGAAAGCUCACAUCGAGAAAGUGAACGGGCCAGCUCAGCCCUACAGGAUGCUGAACAACUUCGUGGUCAACAAACCAAUGGACUUUAGUGAAGAUCUUUCAGGGCUGCCUGAAAUGUUCAAGACUCCAGUGAAAGAGAAACCACAAGGGAUGAGCCUGUGUCCCUCCACUUUUUCAAAUUCAGAGGAUUUGCUUGGAAAAGAGCUUCCAGUACCUCAUUCAGGAGGAAAACCUCUGCUGUGUGCUUCAGAAAAUUCUGGACAGAAUGUGUCCCCCGGGACUCAAGAUGCACCGAAAGAGCUGUCUGAUCAAAGUUCUGCAAGCCCUGCCUUAAGACGCCAGAGUAUUAAAAUAAAUGAAAGUAUUAUGAAAACUCCUAGGAUUGUGUAUGAAACAACAGGUGCUGAGAUGAAAACUCCAGUGUCUGAGGCAAUGACACCAAAGACAACAUCAAGUGCAAAGAAGUUUAGAAGGUCCAUGGAGCUCAGAAGCUCACAGACACCAGGUGUAGAGUGUAAAAACGAAGGCCCAAAACCUGACACUUUUGAGAACGUCUUGGGAAGAUGUCUGAGGAAAGCACCACAACCAGAGCAGAAGCUGGAGGGAGACAUGAAGGAAAGUGAAACAUGUACAAAGCACAUGGAAUCAAAAGAAAAUUCCAAAAAGAUGAUAGCUGUGAGGAGAUCAAGAAGAGCUUCAGAGCUGAAGUGUGAGCUAGCAGCAGACCUGACCGCCCUCAAGAGCUUGCAGGAGACACAGCCUGAGGAAGACCAGGUGGACAUCCCAAGUCUCCUACAGACCCCAGCUCAUGCCAAGGAAGCAGUGGAUGCAGAGAACAAAGCCACAAAAAUGCUCUGUAAAUCUCCCAGAUCAGGAACAGUCGGCACGCCCACCAGGACAAACACACAGCUCAAGACACCUUCCUGGAAAGCAGAUUUAGAAGAUGCCUCAGCCCUUGGAAAACUCACACAGACACCAGGGAAAACUAUGCCCAUGCACAGAGAACCAGGUGAUGAUAAAAGCAUCAAAUUGUUUAAGGAAACUCCAAAGCAGAAACUGGACCCUGCAGAAAAUGUAGCUGGAAGUAAGAGACGGCCAAGGACACCCAAGGGAAAGGCCCCACCUCUGGAAGACCUGGCUGGCUUCAAAGAGCUCUUCCAAACCCCAGAUCGUGCCAAGGAACACAUGAUUGAUGACAAAACCCCCAAAACGCUCUACCAGUCUCCACAACUAGAACCAGUCAACACACCAAGUAGAAAGGGACGUCUCAAGACACCUUCCCAGAAAGUGGAUGUGCAGGAAGACCUCUCAGCACUCAGGAAGCCUCAACAAACACCAGGGGAAACCACACACUCACACAGAGAACCAGAGGGUGGUGACAGAGGCAUUGCAGCGUCUCGGGAAACACCAGUAGAGAAACUGGGUCCUGCAGAAAAUGUAACUGGAAGCAAGAGGCGGCCAGGGACACCCAGGAAAACGGCCCCACCCCUGGAAGACCUGGCUGGCUUCAAAGAGCUUUUCCAAACCCCAGAUCAUGCAAAGCAGCCAAUGACUGAUGACAAACCUACCACAAUACCCUACAAAUCUCCACCAGCAGAAGCAGUCAGCAUGCCUACAAGUAGCAAGAGAUGGCUCCAGACCCCUUCCCAGAAAGUGGAUGUGCAGGAAAAUGUCUCGGCUCUCAGGAAGCCCACACACUCACACAGAGAACCAGAGGGUGGGGACAGAGGCAUUGCGGUGUCUCGGGAAGCUCCAGGAGAAAAGCUGGGCCCUGCAGAAAAUGUAACUGGAAGCAAGAGACAGCCAAGGACACCCAAGGAAAAGGCCCCAUCCCUGGAAGACCUGGUUGGCUUCAAAGAACUCUUCCAAACACCAGAUCACACAGUGGAACCAAUGAGUGCUGACAAAAUCUUCAAAAUGCUCUGCCAGUCUCCACAACUAGAACCAAUCAACACACCAAGUAGAAAGGGACAUCUCAAGACACCUUCCCAGAAAGUGGAUGUGCAGGAAGACCUCUCAGCACUCAGGAAGCCCACACGCUCACACAGAGAACCAGAGGGUGGUGACAGAGGAAUUGCGGUGCCUCAGGAAGCUCCAGGAGAAAAACUGGACCCUGUAGAAAAUGUAACUGGAAGCAAGAGGCGGCCAAGGACACCCAGGAAAACGGCCCCACCCCUGGAAGACCUGGCUGGCUUCAAAGAGCUUUUCCAAACCCCAGAUCAUGCAAAGCAGCCAAUGACUGAUGACAAACCUACCACAAUACCUUACAAAUCUCCAGCAGUAGAACCAGUCGCCAGGCGAACAGGUAGAAAGAGGCGACUCCAGUCACCGCCAGGGAAGGUGGGUGCAGAAGAGCCCUCAGCGCCCAGGAAGCCCACACAGACACCAGGGGGAGCCAGGCACUCAGACAGAGAACGAGCAGGUGGUGAUAAAAGCAUCAAAAUAUCUAAGGAAACUCCAAAGCAGAAACUGGACUCAGCAGAAAAUGUAAAUGGAAGCAAGAGGCCGCCAAGGACACCCAAGAAAAAGGUGCAAUCUCUGGAAGACCUGGCAGGUUUCAAAGAGCUCUUCCAAACCCCAGAUCAUGCCAAGGAACCAAGGGCAGUUGUCAAAACUCCCAAAACGCUCUGCAUGUCCUCCCAACCACAGCUAAUUGUCACACCAACCAAUACGAAGAGAUGGCUCAAGACACCUCUGGGGAAAGCAGAUAUAGAGACAGAGCUCUCAGCAUGCAGAACGACACAGACACCAGGGGAAACUAGGCACUCAGAGGGAGAACCAGUAGAUGAUGAUAAAAGCAUCAAAUUGUUUCAGGAAACUCCACAUCAGAAACUGAACUCAUCAGAAAAUGUAAAUGGAAGUAAGAGGCGGCCAAGGACACCCAAGAAAAAGGCCCCACCCCUGGAAGACCUGGCUGGCUUUAAAGAGGUCUUCCAAACCCCACAUCAAGCCAAGGAACCAAUGACUGAGGACAGAACCCCCAAAAUGCUCUGCCGAUCUCCACCACCAGAGCCAGUUGUUAUAUCAACCAGCGUGACCAGACGUCUCAAGACACCUUCCCAGAACGUGGCUGUGCAGGAAGACCUCUCAGCACUCAGGAAGCCCACACACUCACACAGAGAACCAGACGGUGGUGACAGAGACAUUGCAGUGUCUCGGGAAGCUCCAGAAGAAAAACUGGACCCUGUAGAAAAUGUAACUGGAAGCAAGAGGUGGCUAAGGACGCCCAAGGAAAAGACCCCACCCCUGGAAGACCUGGCCGGCUUCAAAGAGCUCUUCCAAACCCCAGAUUGUGCCAAGGAACCAACGACUGAUGACAGACCCACCAACAUACCUUGUCAAUCUCCACAACCAGAACCAGUCAACACACCAAGUAGAAAGGGACGUCUCAAGACACCUUCCCAGAAAGUGGAUGUGCAGGAAGACCUCUCAGCACUCAGGAAGCCUCAACAAAUGCCAGGGGAAACCACACACUCACACAGAGAACCAGAGAGUGGUGACAGAGGCAUUGCAGUGUCUCAGGAAGCUCCAGGAGAGAAACUGGACCCUGCAGAAAAUGUAACUAGAAGCAAGAGUCGGCCAAGGACACCCAGGAAAACGGCCCGACCCCUGGAAGACCUGGCUGGCUUCAAAGAGCUCUUCCAAACACCAGAUCACACAGUGGAACCAAUGAGUGCUGACAAAAUCUUCAAAAUGCUCUGCCAGUCUCCACAACUAGAAGCAAUCAACACACCAAGUAGAAAGGGACAUCUCAAGACACCUUCCCAGAAAGUGACUGUGCAGGAAGACCUCCCUGCACUCAGGAAGCCCACACGCUCACACAGAGAACCAGAGGGUGGUGACAGAGACAUUGUGGUGUCUCAGGAAACUCCAGAAGAAAAGUUGGACCCUGAAGAAAAUGUAACUAAAAGCAAGAGGUGGCUAAGGACACCCAAGGAAAAGGCCCCACCCCUGGAAGACCUGGCUGGCUUCAAAGAGCUCUUCCAAACCCCAGAUCAUGCAGAGGAACAAAUGACUAAUGAGAAAACCACCACAAUACCCUACAAAUCUCCACCAGCCGGACCAGUCACCAGGCCAGCAAGUAGAAAGAGGCGACUCCAGUCACCUCCAGGGAAAGUGGGUGCAGGAGAGCCCUCAGCACCCAGGAAGCCCACACAGACACCAGGGGAUACGCAGAGGGAGCCUGUAGGUGAUGAAAAAGACAGCAAAGCGUUUAAGGAAACUUCAAGGCAGAAAUUGGUCUUGGCAGAAAAUGUAAUGGGCACCAAGAGUCGGCUAAGAACAUUGAAGGAAAAGCCUCAACCCGUGGAAGACUCGUGCAGUUUCAACGAGCCCUUCCAAAAGCCAGGUCAGGCCAAGGAACCAGUGAGCGAUGGUAAAAUCGCUCCAGUGCCCUGCCAAUCUCCAGCAGCCGGACCAGUCACCAGGCCAGCAAGUAGAAAGAGGCGACUCAAGUCACCGCCAGGGAAAGUGGGUGCAGGAGAGCCCUCAGCGCCCAGGAGGCCCACACAGACACCAGGGGAUAUGCAGAGGGAGCCUGUAGGUGAUGAAAAAGACAGCAAAGCGUUUAAGGAAACUUCAAGGCAGAAAUUGGUCUUGGCAGAAAAUGUAAUGGGCAUCAAGAGUCGGCUAAGAACAUUUAAGGAAAAGACCCAACCCGUGGAAGACUCGUGCAGUUUCAAAGAGCUCUUCCAAAAGCCAGGUCAGGCCAAAGAACCGGUGAGUGAUGUUAAAAUCACUGCAGUGCCCUGCCAAUCUCUACCAGCCGGACCAGUCACCAGGCCAGCAAGUAGAAAGAGGCAGCUCAAGUCACCACUGGGAAAAGUAGACCUAGAAGAGCUCUCAGUACUCAGAGAGCCCAUCCAAACAGCAGGGGAAACCAUGCACAGAGAACCAGUAGGUGAUGAGGACAAUAUCAAAGUGUUUAAGGAAACUUCAAGGCAGAACCUGGACUCAGCAGAAAAUGUAAUUUGUGUCAAGAGUCGGCUAAGAACAUUUAAGGAAAAAGCCCAACCCCUGGAAGAUCUGGCCAGUUUCAAAGAGCUCUUCCAAAAGCCAGAUCAGGCCAAGGAACUGGGAAACGAUGCUUCUGGAGUUAAGAGAGCCCCAAAGCAAACAGCAGACAGAAGAAGACCUGUAGAAAUAUCCCAAAGAGUCCUCAGGGCCCCUAAAGUAAGGUUCAUGGGAGACCUUAUGGGCAGCAGAGACCCUGUAAAAUCACCAGGUGAAAGCUGCAUCUCCCCGUCCCCCAAGAGGAAACUGGGAGGAGAUGUAAGGGUUGUGGGCAGGAAGAGGCUAUGCCCUGCGAUGGCUGCACAGGACCCUGAAGAAGAGAAGCCCCUCCAGAAGAAGCAGAGGACAGCCCCCAGGGAGAGACGGGAGCCCCCCAAACCCUCGGGAGUGAAGAAGGGAAAUCUGAGGGUUUUGGCACAAAGGACUAAACCUGUGGGAAACCUGCCCAACAAUGACACGAAAACUGAAGCUAGGGAUCCCGAAGGAGAAGACGCGCACGCUCCAAAUAAGGUGAUGGGUGGGUUGUCAGAGAAACUUGUAAAUUCGAUUCCAGAAAUGGAGGGAAUGUCCCUGCGUACCAGGCGCCCCACUAAAACCGAUAUAGAGGAGCAAAGACCUGGGUCUCUUAUAUCAGCAAGAAAGAUGAAAAUAAAGAGAAGUGAAAAGAAGUCCAUGAAGACUUCCCAAGAGAUGAAGCUACAAAGCCCAGAAGAUGCAGCCGAGAAUCCUACCUCUGGGGGCAAAGUUCAAGAUAGAAGGAGGCCCUUGAGAUCUGGGAAGCAGAAUCAGAAGCCUUUGCCUGAUGCCAUAGAGGAGACAGCAAGGCAGGAAAGGGUGGAAAUCCCUGUGAAGAAGCAGGAAGAGAAAGAAGCAACGGAAUGUUCAGACUUCAAGGAUUUGAGAUCCAGGAAGAUUACUCUCCGCCCUCGAGGAAACCCUUCGGAGAGUGAAUCCGAGCAGAGAGUAACCCGGGGUGCCAGGAGAUGUUCCAACAGCCUUCAAAAGGAAAAUGACAAUGUGGGUGUCAAGAAAAUAAGAACCAGAAGUCAUCGAGAGUGA